CAGGGGGCGUCAACAUGGCGUUCUCUAGCUACUCGACGACCGCACUGACUGCAACCUGCCAAUGAGAGAGAGAGACGCGUAGGCUACCAUUCUGUCAAACGUCCAUCCUUUUUUUUCCAGCCCUAUGAAUCCCUACACAUUUUCAGGAGGAUAGGGUGAAUUCAGAGGGUUUGUGAAACACCGCUCUGCCUUGUUUUUCCUGCGCAGUGGAUGUUUUUUGUGCAACAGCAGACGCUCGUGCUUGUAGAGCAGGUGUGAGAGACAGCGGCGACCGCUCCUCUCCUCCCUGUUUCCAAGGGGAAAUGUCGAGCGAGAAGCCGGUUUCAACACCACCGAACUCUGCUUCUUCGCUCACGGACACAGACCGAGACUCCCAUCCUCCGCCGGGCUCCACCGUGCAGCAGCCGCAGCAGCAGCAGGUCGCCGCAGGCGCUGGCUCGGGCGCCACCGAGGAAAGGAUGGUGUCUUCAGCCGGCUCUAUGGUCCUCCCGGCCGGGGUGAUCAACCCCGCUGUCCCGAUCAGGAAUAUCCAGAUGAAAUUCGCCGUGUUGGUGGGCCUGAUCCAGGUUGGAGAGGUUAGCAACAGGGACAUCGUUGAGACGGUGCUGAACCUGCUGGUGGGCGGCGAGUUUGACCUGGAGAUGAACUUCAUCAUCCAGGAAGCUGAGAGCAUCGGCUGCAUGGUGGAGUUGCUGUCCCACUGUGAGGUGACGUGCCAGGCGGAGAUCUGGAGCAUGUUCACAGCCAUCCUCCGCAAGAGCGUGCGCAACCUGCAGACCAGCACCGAGGUCGGCCUAAUCCAGCAGGUGUUGCUCAAGAUGAGCACUGUGGACGACAUGAUCGCAGACCUCCUGGUGGACAUGCUGGGAGUCAUGGCUAGUUACAGCAUCACAGUCAAGGAGCUGAAGUUGCUCUUCAGUAUGCUGAGGGGCGACAACGGCAUCUGGCCAAGACACGCUAUCAAGCUCUUGUCAGUUUUGAACCAGAUGCCUCAGAGACAUGGUCCUGAUACCUUCUUCAACUUUCCAGGACGCAGUGCAGCGGCCAUAGCAUUGCCGCCAAUUGCAAAAUGGCCUUACCAGAACGGAUUCACUAUCAACACUUGGUUCAGACAGGAUCCACUCAACAACAUCAAUGUGGAUAAAGACAAACCGUACCUCUAUUGUUUUCGCACCAGUAAAGGAAUAGGUUACUCCGCUCAUUUUGUGGGAAACUGCCUCAUCGUGACAUCACUGAAGUCAAAAGGAAAAGGCUUUCAACACUGUGUGAAGUAUGAUUUCCAACCCCGCAAGUGGUACAUGAUCAGCAUCGUCCACAUCUACAACCGUUGGAGGAACUCCGAGAUCCGUUGCUAUGUCAACGGUCAACUGGUCUCAUACGGUGAUAUGGCCUGGCACGUCAACACCAAUGAUAGCUAUGACAAGUGUUUCCUGGGUUCAUCAGAGACAGCGGAUGCUAACAGAGUGUUUUGUGGUCAGCUCGGAGCCAUUUACGUAUUCAGUGAAGCUCUCAACCCAGCUCAGAUCUUUGCCAUUCACCAACUUGGCCCAGGAUAUAAGAGCACUUUCAAGUUCAAGUCAGAGAGUGACAUCCACCUGGCCGAGCAUCACAAGCAGGUGCUGUACGAUGGCAAGCUGGCCAACUCCAUCUCCUUCACCUACAACGCCAAGGCAACUGAUGCCCAGCUCUGCCUGGAGUCGUCGCCGAGGGAAAACGCCUCCAUCUUCGUCCAUUCUCCACAUGCACUCAUGCUACAGGAUGUGAAGGCCAUUGUUACCCACUCCAUCCAUAGUGCCAUCCACUCUAUAGGAGGCAUCCAGGUCCUGUUCCCUCUUUUUGCACAGUUGGACUACAAACAACUCAAUGACAGCAGUGUGGACACCACAGUCUGUGCCACUCUGCUGGCGUUCCUGGUGGAGCUGUUGAAGAGCUCCGUGGCGAUGCAGGAGCAAAUGUUGGGAGGAAAGGGCUUUCUGGUGAUUGGAUACCUGCUUGAGAAGUCGUCACGAGUCCAUAUCACCAGGGCAGUACUUGAACAGUUCUUGUCCUUCGCAAAGUAUCUGGAUGGUUUACCUCAUGGAGCGCCUCUUCUCAAACAGCUCUGUGACCAUGUCCUUUUCAACUCUGCCAUCUGGAUACAUACCCCUGCCAAGGUCCAGCUAUCCCUCUACACAUAUCUGUCAUCGGAGUUCAUUGGCACCGCAACCAUCUACACUACCAUCCGCCGUGUCGGCACCGUCCUGCAGCUGAUGCAUACGCUAAAGUACUACUACUGGGCCAUCAACCCGCUGGAGUGCAGUGGAAUCACCCCCAAAGGUCUUGAUGGACCACGGCCAUCCCAAAAGGAGAUCAUCUCGCUCAGAGCCUUCAUGCUUCUCUUCCUCAAGCAGCUCAUACUAAAGGACCGGGGCGUGAAGGAGGACGAGCUGCAAAGCAUUCUCAACUACCUAUUGACCAUGCAUGAGGAUGAGAAUAUCCACGACGUGCUCCAACUGUUGGUGGCUCUUAUGUCUGAACACCCAGCAUCUAUGAUCCCUGCAUUUGACCAGAGAAAUGGAAUAAGGGUGAUCUGCAAGCUUCUGGCCUCUAAGAGCGAAAGUAUCCGCGUCCAAGCCCUCAAAGUCCUGGGCUACUUCCUCAAGCACCUUGGUCACAAGAGGAAGGUGGAGAUCAUGCACACGCACAGUCUUUUCACACUGCUGGGGGAGAGGCUGAUGAUGCACACCAACACGGUCUCUGUCACCACCUACAACACUCUGUAUGAGAUUCUGACAGAGCAGGUCUGUACUCAGGUGGUUCACAAACCCCACCCUGAGCCCGACUCUACUGUCAAGAUCCAGAAUCCCAUGAUUCUAAAGGUAGUGGCCACCCUGUUGAAGAACUCCUCUCCCAGUGCUGAGCUGAUGGAAGUCAGAAGACUCUUUCUUUCUGACAUGAUAAAACUCUUCAGUAACAGCCGUGAGAACCGGCGCUGCCUGCUGCAGUGCUCUGUUUGGCAGGACUGGAUGUUUUCCCUCGGAUACAUCAACCCCAAGAACCCAGAGGAGCAGAAAAUUACUGAGAUGGUGUACAACAUCUUUAGGAUCCUGCUCUACCAUGCCAUCAAAUACGAAUGGGGAGGGUGGAGGGUCUGGGUUGAUACCCUGUCCAUCGCACACUCCAAGGUGACCUACGAAGCCCAUAAAGAGUACUUGGCUAAGAUGUACGAAGAAUACCAGCGCCAGGAGGAGGAAAACAUGAAGAAGGGGAAGAAAGGCUCUGUGUCCACCAUCUCUGGGCUUUCCGCUACACCUGCCCCCGUUGUCAACGGCAACCUGGAGAUUGACGACAACUCCCAGACACAGACACCCGAGAGCGAGGCAGAGUACAGCGAGGGGGCUGGCGGAGACUCGCGCAACCUCCUUGCAGAGGGCGCUGUGAAGCGACCCAAUGGAGAAGCCCUGACACCCGGGGAGCAAAGCGCUGGUCCAGGGGUGAGGGUGGAGGUCCAUGACCUGCUGGUAGACAUUAAAGCAGAGAAGGUAGAGGCCACAGAAGUAAAGCUGGAUGAUCUAGACUUGUCUCCAGAAGGCCUUGGUGGAGGUGUGGGUGGAGGAGGUCGCGGAGUAAUAGAGAAUGGACCUUUGGUAGAGGUGGAUUCUCUCCUGGACAGUGCUUACUGCGCUGUAGUUCAAAACCUAAAUGGGAAUCUGGUACCUAAAGAUGACACGCCAGGCUCAGGGGUUGGCAUGGGGUCAAGCCUGGUGCUUUCAGGAGUUAGCCUGGAGGAUGAUGGGAACAUGGGUCCGCUCAUCACAUUGGCUGAUGAGAAAGACAGUGUCCCGAGCAACAAUGGAUUUCUCUUCAGCAAGGUUGACGAGAAGCUGCUUCCAGCUCUGGCAGCCACAGACCCUCUUGUACUGCCGAGUCCAGACCAGCCCACUCCAUCUGGUCCAGUCCCGGCUCACUCCACUACCAGCGCCAGUGAUGACCUCAGCCUGCUGGCCCACAUGACUAGCUGCGGCUCUGAUUUAACACAUAGCCACACUGCUGGGGAACUUCCAGAGGACGGGCCCUUCAAGAUCGAGAGCCCACUUGCUGACAUCAGCUCUAUUGCAGAGGCUGAGAGCCAAGCCCAGAUCCAGGGAUCUAGACCAGAUUUCCCAGAGGGAGAGGGCACAACCGGGGCAGAAGGAGAGGCCGCGGGGCUUAAGACUGGGGGAGACACAGCCAGCACCACCUCUGAUACAGAGAGGUCGGAUGAUGGGAAAGACAAGGACACAAAGAAGAUCCAAACUACUGCCACCACUCAGGCCCUCCAUGGUCGUACUGCAGCCCAGCUGGAGCGGGACCUACGCGUUGAUCUGGGUUUCAGAGGCAUGCCCAUGACGGAGGAGCAGCGCCGGCAGUUCAGCCCCGGCCCACGCACGACCAUGUUCCGCAUCCCAGAAUUCAAGUGGUCCCCGAUGCACCAGAGGUUGCUUACUGACCUUCUGUUUGCCCUGGAGACUGACGUGCAUGUGUGGAGGAGCCACUCCACCAAGUCGGUGAUGGAUUUUGUAAACAGCAAUGAGAACAUCAUCUUCGUCCACAACACGAUCCACCUCAUUUCUCAGAUGGUGGACAACAUCAUCAUCGCCUGUGGAGGCAUCCUGCCUCUCCUGUCUGCUGCCACCUCCCCUUCUAGUUCUAAGAGUAGUGCCAACACUAAGGCAGGAGGAGCCGGACCCCAGAGGGGGUCAAACGGAGAUGAGGUGACCCCUGUUCCUGGGGGAGGAGGCGCAGGGGGAGAGACGGAGUUGGACAACAUUGAGGCGACACAGGGCAUGUCUUCAGAGACAGCAGUCACCUUCCUGUCUCGUCUCAUGGCCAUGGUGGACGUACUGGUGUUUGCCAGCUCUCUCAACUUCAGUGAGAUUGAAGCAGAGAAGAACAUGUCGUCAGGAGGGCUGAUGAGGCAAUGCCUCCGCCUGGUAUGCUGCGUAGCAGUGAGGAACUGUCUGGAGUGCAGGCAGAGACAGAGAGACCGAAGCUGCAAAUCCUCCUUAACCAGCAGCAAGUCACAGGACAGCCUCCACAGUGCCUCCACCACCAGCAAGCAGGAUCCAGACAGACUCCUGCAGGAUGUAGACAUCAAUCGUCUUCGAGCUGUGGUUUUCAGAGAUGUGGAUGACAGUAAGCAGGCUCAGUUUCUGGCGCUGGCAGUCGUCUACUUUAUCUCAGUUCUCAUGGUAUCCAAGUACCGGGACAUUUUGGAACCCCAGCGAGAGAUUGGACGGUCCACCAGCCUAUCAGGGAGAAGCAUCCGCCACGAAAUUAACUCCCCAACCAGUACAGAACACCCAUCCACAGCCUUCUCUGACCGUGACAAACAGACCCCCACUCCCGUGGACGACUCUCCCCGGGCAGGCCUCCCACACACAGACUCAGGCAUCGGAGAGGAGGGCCAUGUGGCCGGUUCCUUGAACGGCUCAGAGAUGGGUCUGGGGCUUGGCCUCGGCCUGGUGGGGAGGGAGACGGACAGAGACAGGGACAGAGACAUGGGAGGAGGAGGUGGGGGAGGAGGCACAGAUCUAUUGUGUAGUCUGUCAGAUGUUAGGAGGUCACAGGAGAGCCUUCUGGAUUCUCCCCACAACCCCAACUCCAGCCAAGCCCCGCCUUCGUCUAUCUCCAGCAUCAGCCAAACAAACAAAGGCAUCAAUGUCAAGGAGAUAUUGAAGAGCUUGGUGGCGGCUCCAGUUGAUGGCGGGGAUUUGGGACAAGAGUCUGGGCCGACACCUUAUCACCCAGACCCUGCCCUGAAGACACACCCCAUGCUGCCCAUGCAGUUCCACUCCUUCGACAGGAGUGUUAUGGUUCCGGUCAAAAAGCCGCCACCUGGUAGCCUGUCAGUCAACACAGUGGGCACGCCCACAACUAGUGGAGCGGCCACUCCCAGCAGCACACCCAACAUUUUUGCUGCUGCAACUGCAACACCCAAGAGCAUGAUCAACACUACAGGUGCCACAGACUCUGCCUCUUCUUCGUCCUCUUCUUCGUCAUUUGUUAACGGUGCUACUAGUAAGAAUCUGCCAGCUGUGCAGACAGUGGCACCGAUGCCAGAAGACACUAUGGAAAAUAUGAGUUCCUAUUGUGAGGUGGCGCAAUGUGCGCUGCGCAGCGGUCAGACGCCCCCUGAGCUCAAGUCUUUUAGCUCUCUGGCAGGCUUCCAGGCAGCUCCCCGAGAUGCAGGACAGUGUUUUAGCAUCACCACCAAGCUGGAGCGCGCUCUGGAGAAGGUGGCGCCGCUGCUGAGGGAGAUUUUUGUGGAUUUUGCUCCCUUUCUGUCCAGGACGCUGCUGGGUAGCCAUGGGCAGGAACUGCUCAUAGAAGGUCUUGUAUGCAUGAAGUCUAGCACGUCUGUGGUGGAGCUUGUAAUGCUGCUGUGCUCUCAGGAGUGGCAGAACUCCAUUCAGAAGAACGCUGGACUGGCCUUCAUUGAGCUCAUCAACGAGGGAAGACUUCUCUGCCACGCCAUGAAGGAUCAUAUUGUGCGUGUUGCCAACGAAGCAGAGUUCAUCCUGAACAGACAGAGGGCGGAGGAUGUACACAAACACGCUGAAUUCGAGUCUAACUGUGCCCAGUACGCUGUGGACCGGAGAGAAGAGGAGAAAAUGUGCGAUCACCUCAUCAGUGCCGCCAAGCACAGAGAUCAUGUGACCGCUAACCAGCUGAAACAGAAGAUUCUCAACAUCUUGACCAAUAAGCACGGAGCGUGGGGGACAAUGUCGCAGAGCCAAUUACAUGACUUCUGGCGUCUAGACUACUGGGAGGACGACCUGAGGAGGAGAAGACGAUUUGUGCGAAAUGCCUCUGGAUCCACUCAUGCCGACGUGUCACUAAAAGCUCUGGAGGACUACGGUACAGAAGAAGAUGAGGAGGGACUUAAGUCGAAGAAAACAUUCCGCAGCCAAUCAGUGGUCACCCAGAACCCAGAGGCGGAGUUAAUGCUGGAAGGAGACGAUGACACUGUCAGCCUGCUGCAGGAAAAAGAGAUGGAUAACCUUGCUGGCCCUGUGGUUCUGAGUACUCCAGCUCAGUUGGUAGCUCCAGUGGUGGUGGCUCGGGGCACUCUGUCCAUCACGACUACUGAGAUCUACUUUGAGGUGGAUGAAGAGGAUCCUACGUUUAAGACAACUGAAGCUAAAGAUGUCCAACCUCAACAGGUACUGGCCUACUCAGAGGGUCUGCACGGUAAAUGGAUGUUCAGUGAGAUCCGAGCGGUGUUUUCCAGACGCUACCUGCUGCAGAACACCGGACUAGAGGUCUUCAUGGCCAACAGAACGUCCGUGAUGUUUAACUUCCCGGACCAGGCCACAGUGAAAAGGGUUGUCUACAGUCUCCCACGGGUUGGGGUGGGAACGAGUUAUGGCCUGCCCCAGGCCAGGUAGGUGCAGAGUAUAAUCAGCUGCAUGUUGUAUCAGUGCGGAACCAUCUCGUGACACAACUAUAAUAAAUCACUGUCAUUUUUUUCCUCUCUCAUCCAUCUUUUGUCCCCAGGGAGGACGUAUAAUGAUUUGAACCAGUACCCCAUCUUCCCCUGGGUCUUAACCAACUAUGAUUCAGAGGAGCUCGAUCUGACUCUACCUGGCAACUUCAGAGACCUCUCCAAGCCAAUCGGUGCACUGAAUCCCAAGCGAGCAGCGUUUUAUGCAGAACGCUACGAGACGUGGGACGACGACAGCACACCUCCCCACCACUACACAACCCUGUACUCCACUGCUCAUUCAACACUGAUGUGGAUGCUCAGAAUAGAGCCCUUUACCACGUUUUUCCUUAACGCCAACGAUAACAAGUUUGACCAUCCGGAGAGGGCCUUCUCUGGCAUCGGCUGCUCGUGGAGAAACUGUCAGAGGGACACGGCUGAUGUCAAGGAACUGAUCCCAGAGUUCUACUACCUGCCCGAGAUGUUUGUUAACAGUAAUGAGUACGAGCUCGGGGUGCGUGAUGAUGGAGUCUCUGUGUGUGACGUGGAGCUUCCCGCCUGGGCCAAGAAACCGGAAGACUUUGUCCGCAUUAACCGGAUGGCGUUGGAGAGCGAGUUUGUGUCGUGCCAGCUCCACCAGUGGAUUGAUCUUAUAUUUGGCUACAAGCAGCGAGGGCCAGAAGCAGUUCGAGCACUCAACGUGUUCAACUUCUUGUCCUAUGAGGGAGCAAUCAACCUAGACAAUGCAGAUGCUGUGCAACGUGAGGUGAUUGAGUCCCAGAUCCAGGCGUGUGGUCAGAUCCCCUCCCAGCUGCUGAUCGAGCCACACCCACCUCGCUCCUCCGCCAUGCAUCUGUGUUUCCUUCCCCAGAGCCCGCUGAUGUUUAAGGAUCAGAUGCAGCAGGAUGUCAUCAUGGUGCUCAAGUUUCCCUCCAACUCUCCCGUCACUCACGUCGCAGCCAACACGCUCCCCCACCUCAGCAUACCGGCCGCCGUCACUGUCACAUGUAGCCGGCUGUUUGCUGUCAACCGCUGGCACAACACAGUCGGCCUCCGUGGAGCUCCAGGAUACUCCCUAGAGCAGGCUCAUCAUCUCCCCAUUGAGAUGGACCCUCUCAUAGCAAACAACUCGGGCGUGAACAAGCGUCAGAUCACGGACCUCGUGGACCAGAGCAUCCAAAUUAACACACACUGUUUUGUGGUUACUGCCGACAACCGCUACAUUCUGGUCUGCGGCUUCUGGGACAAGAGCUUCCGUGUUUACUCCACUGAAACUGGAAAGCUGACCCAGAUAGUUUUUGGCCACUGGGAUGUGGUGACGUGUCUGGCUAGAUCGGAGUCCUACAUCGGUGGAGACUGCUACAUCGUGUCAGGCUCCAGAGAUGCCACUCUUCUUCUGUGGUACUGGAGUGGACGACACCACAUUAUUGGGGACAACCCUAACAAUAGUGACUACCCUGCUCCCAGGGCAGUACUGACAGGACAUGACCACGAGGUGGUGUGUGUGUCUGUCUGUGCAGAGCUGGGAUUGGUCAUAAGUGGAGCUAAAGAGGGCCCGUGCCUGGUCCACACCAUCACAGGGGACCUGCUUAGGGCCCUGGAGGGGCCAGAGCUCUGUCAGCGGCCCCGCCUCAUCUCAGUGUCUAGCGAAGGCCACUGCAUCAUCUACUAUGAGAGAGGUCGUUUCUGCAACUUCAGCAUAAAUGGAAAACUGCUGGCACAAAUGGAGGUCAACGAUUCCACACGGGCGAUCCUGUUAAGCAGCGACGGACAGAACUUGGUGACAGGAGGUGAUAACGGAGUUGUGGAAGUGUGGCAGGCGUGCGACUUCAAACAGCUUUACAUCUAUCCGGGCUGUGACGCAGGGAUCCGUGCCAUGGAUCUCUCACAUGACCAGAGGACUCUGAUCACUGGUAUGGCGUCUGGCAGCAUUGUGGCGUUCAACAUAGACUUCAACCGCUGGCACUACGAACACCAGAACAGGUACUGAAGUGAACAGCGGGAUCAAGAGGAGAAUGGAAAGAGGAGAGAAGAACAAGUAGAAAAGGGGAGGUGAUGCAUUCUGCUGUUUAUCUGCAACACGGGGAAACUAAAGGUACAGAGACGAGGGAAAACAAGUACUGGACCUUAGACUCUAUUCCUUUGUGAAGUUUACUUGAGUUCUGGAUGCAGCAGCGCGUGUGGAAAUAACUUCUUCUGUGCAUACGUGUACGUACACACACGUAUGUAACCACAGACCCAUAAUACCCCGAAGAUACACACCAAAACCUAGACAGACUGCAGAACGGGGGAGAAGAGCAAGUCAAGCAGACCUUGUAGAGGUCGAUCUACCCGUACCACUCACAGGACUGGUGCAGUUACCCUUCCUGGUACGCUUAAUGCUUCACAGACAAAGAACCUACGUUUUUUUUUCACUUAUAUUUUUCUUCUUUAUCAAUUUUGUUCUUUACUUUUCAUUUGAGGGGAGUUCAGUCUGGGAAUUAUUUGGGUGGACUAUAAAUUAAGACUCCUACAAUGUGUCUAAACUGAUGAGAAUUGGUCAGAAUUGAUCCAGCCCGACCCACUGUUCGAACACCGGUGCUAUUGGCCUGAUCUUAAAAUGUACCCUUGAAAAAUUGCCUUGGGUUAUGUUUUUAUUAGAAUUUCAUCUUAUCUGAUUUUAUCUGGUUUUAUUUUAUAAUGUUAACUUCCCCUUUUUUCUUUUUUUACCCGCAGCAGGGUUAACUUCUUAUGUAAAUAAGGCUCUGCUUCCUUCAGAGUCUAAACAUGUUCUUUCACUACACAAACUGCGCUUAUCACCUUUAAUUUAUUAAUGACUUGCUGUAUGUAAAAUACUGUGUAAUAAUUAUUAUUAUAAUGUUGACAAGACUGAUGAUAAUAAUGGCAGUGUCAAGGAUGGUGAUUAUUUUGCCGGAGAUGGUAAUGAUAAAGAGAUCUUGCCAGUGCCACCAAGGAUGACAACCACAAGACUGACUUGAUUUCCUUUGUAUAUUUGGUGAUUGUUUUGUCAAAUAUGUACAUAAAGUCUUGGUUCAGGCUUGAUAGAAAACUUAAACAGCUGAAUAAGACUGAACGCGCAAAGGAAAGCUUCACUUACCCACAUUUGUUGUUAAUUUAAAAAAAAAAGAAGAAUCAAAUCAAUGUAAAAGUUUGUUUUGUAUUUGCACUUUGCACCAAUCACAUAUUAUUAUUUAUUAGCUUGGUUCUUUCUGAUCAGCUGCCAUUUCGUUUAGGUCCAUUUCCCCUUCGGGAAUAUUUGUGCAUUGAUGUUUGUAUUUAAAGCGUUGAGCUCAUGUGUGAUUAUUAGGUUUUACAACCUCACAGUUGUAAGCAAUAUCAUGAUUCUGUAGCUGAUAGAGGUGGGAAAGAGGGAGGACAGGGGAUGAAAUAAGAGAUGUAUGUGUGAAGCCAUCUUGAUCAAAUGCGCACAUGCACAUACUCUAUCGACAGGUUCAACUUAUGUAUCCAAAAAAA